UAACGUUAUAAGCUGAUUGCUGACGGUGACUAAUGAAAAAGCGAUAUAAAAAGUUGCAUCAAAUCCAAGUAACCCAACCCAAAUCAAAGAGGUCAGCAGGGAAAAAGAAGAAAGAAAGCAGCUUCGCCAACGUCAACGACGAGUAGUUCAAGAAGAAAAAUCGAAAGGAGUGCUAAAAACAGGAUUAAAAGCAAGGACUCAUCGGCGAUACUCCUGUAAGCAAAAACAGAAACAGUAGCAGACGACGUAAACUAAUCAAGUAAAUAUCAUCACAAUUAAAACUAAUUACCCUUAAACAUGUCAUCCGGCGAAUUUGGCAAUCCCCUGCGCAAGUUUAAGCUGGUGUUUCUCGGCGAACAGAGUGUCGGAAAGACUUCGCUGAUCACACGCUUCAUGUACGAUAGCUUUGACAACACGUAUCAGGCGACAAUUGGUAUCGAUUUUCUUUCGAAAACCAUGUACCUUGAAGAUCGCACCGUUCGCCUACAGCUAUGGGAUACAGCCGGCCAGGAACGUUUUCGUUCACUGAUCCCAUCCUACAUACGUGAUUCCACUGUGGCGGUCGUUGUCUACGAUAUAACAAAUACAAACUCUUUCCAUCAAACAUCCAAAUGGAUUGAUGAUGUGCGCACGGAACGUGGCAGUGACGUCAUCAUUAUGUUAGUUGGUAAUAAAACCGAUUUAUCAGAUAAACGACAGGUUUCCACAGAGGAGGGCGAACGAAAGGCGAAGGAACUGAAUGUGAUGUUUAUCGAAACAAGCGCGAAGGCCGGAUAUAAUGUGAAGCAACUGUUUAGACGCGUUGCGGCAGCGCUGCCUGGAAUGGAUUCGACUGAUAAUAAACCCUCGGAAGAUAUGCAAGAGGUUGUGCUGAAGGAUUCACCUAACGAAUCAAAAGAUCCGGAGGGUGGAUGUGCCUGCUGAAGAUUCAAUGAAUGUAGUGAACAAUCUAAUUAAUUAAUAAUAUUAUAAUUGAAGUAGGGGCGAUCGCUUAAUGAUAACUUAACAGUAUGAUGACGACGUAGACAAGUAUAAGAAAGCCUAAGAAGAGGACCACAAUUUUAUGUUUAAGUUUAUUUAUAACGUAAAUAAAACUAAAACUUAUUAACUGAAAAAUUAAAUGAUCGUAACGAUAAAGGUAGGCGCAUACAAGCAUUUAAUACGAAGAAACGAUUUCUUCAAAAAUCCGUACUGAAUGAGUUUAGAGUUGAAAUAUUUACAAUGAAACCAGAGUUGAAAAUAUCUGAUUACGCUAUACAAUUACAAAGCUUGAUGGUUGGUAGUUGGUGGUAUUGACAAGCAGCUGUUGUGUAGUAAAUUGAAAAAUCAUACGCAUAGUUAAGAAAGUUUUUUUUUUUAUUUAAUAAUAACUGCCUACAUUGUGCACAUUACAUUUGCAUGCAGUAGUUGCGUUCCCUAACUCGCAAGAAGUUGCAAGAAUUUACAGGAAUUUGCCAGAAAGCGGUCCCGUACUCGGUUCUCUGGCUUUUUUAGCCUUUUGACAGUUUUACAGCUUUUAACCCAGAAAAUUUGGGGAACGCAACUAGUAUUGCUUUGAGAUUUCCAACAGUCGUUUUGAUUGAAGAUCUAUUGCAUAAAUUUAGGUGCAUGAAUGUCGUUAUCGCCUAUUUUAUUUACUAACCGAAGCUUCUUGGAUCUAUAAAUGUACUUAUAAAGCUAGAUAAAAUCGUUAUUUACUGAAAUUCAGUAGUAACUGUAACAGAGUGAAUAAAAUAUUGAACAAGUGUGCACAAAAGUAACUCAAAGACAGCUAUUUAUUAAAUUGAUCCAACUUGACUUAGCUAAAUUUCUUAAAGCGAAAUUAUUUUAUACUAAUAUAUAUUUUGAUUGAAGGGAGCUCUCAUAUUUACCAAACAUUCCCUUUUCCUGUUUUAUCAUGGUUGAACGUUUUUCUGUAACUUGGUGUGUUUUUAACAAACUUUGGUAUAGAUAACGUUUAAUUUAUUUUCAGUCCAUAGUAAACAUUACAGCGUUCUUAUCAGAAAUUUGUUUCCUAUUUUUCGAGUAUUUCUGUGAAGGUAUUAAAAAAUUCCAUAUUCUUAUGCAAUAUAAGCGCAAGCGAUCAUCUAUAAAAAAUAUACAUACAUGGGUGUUAUUUCUACUUUACAUUUUGCAAAUCUGUAGAAAUCUAUUUUGAGUACCAUUUUUUUAAGUCGUUAACUUUACCUGUUACUGGCUAUGUUGAUGAAUUAAUUUUUAUUACUAAUUUGUACAUAUAUGUAUGUAUACAAUUUUGAACCGCGCUGCUGUUGUAGCUCUGCAAAGUAAAUUUAAUUAAAGCGUAUUGUAACCGGCUACCACUAUGUGCUCAAGCUUAUGAAGUUGAAUAUAAUGCAUCGCUUAAGAGAAUACGAGUAGUUAAUUACAAUCGAGGCAGUAACUAGUAUAUCAUUUUAAAUACAUAAUUACAUUACAUUUCAGCGAAGAAAAUAAAAAAUAAUUAUAAAAAAUUUAAAGUAGAUACAAAUUUAUUGGUGGCAUCUUAUGAAAGAUAUGCAAAGCGCAUUUAAUAAAAAAAUAAAAAUAAAAUGAUUUGCUUCGUAUUAGUGGCCACCAAAACCAAUUUUAUAACGCAGCUUACAAAAUACAUGCAUAUGUACAUAUGUGCACGUAAUGAAAUAGAUGCAUACAUACAUACGUACAUAUUGCGAUAAAUGUAGUAAAACGCAUGAAUGAAACUUUAAGCAACUACAAUAUGUAUUCGUAAAGCAGUAUGUACAUAUAUGAAGAAAAAUUAAAACAUUUUAAGCAAAUUUAAAAUUAAGUUAUAGCAUUUGAAUGAUCAGUGGGAAAUUGCACUUGCUACGUGAACAUAUUUUUAAAGGAACAACAUAUUUGCAAUAAAGUUUUUUGAAAUAACCUAUAAUGAAGUAUUAUAAGUUUUCUAGUUAUAAUAUAUGUAUGUAUUUAUAUAAGAUGUAUGUACACACAUCGUUUUUAACAAAACAACUUUGCCUUUCUGUACCUUUGUGGUCCAAAUACUUUCAUCAUUGUUACAAUUGUCAUGCAACGAUUCCAAGAGCUUCUGCACAUCCAAUCUUGAACAUUUUUUUUUUUUUGGGCGAAUACUCUCUGUUUUAAUGUCGAAUUUUGCUAGAAGGUAUCGUCAGUGUGUUGCAAUACUUCCAACCAUGUUUUUGUCAAUAAAAUAUUUCCUUGUCUAAUGGAUGGGUAUUAUAUCGUAUAAAACAACGCUCUUUACAAUUAUUUGCUUUUUUGCAAAUGUUACACUUAUCAGUUUUUUGUCACUUCUAUGAUUGGCCGUUGGUGAUUUUAAAGGAGAUACAGUAACGCAACUAUGAUUGGACGGCAAAUGUGCGAAGCGCCUUAUGGACGUGGAUCGUUCAAUGUCGAAUAGAAAUCAAGCAAUUCAGCGAUUUACAUAAAGAUGUUGUUUUAUCAAAAAAUUUUAGGUAUAAACAUAAGUA